GAAUCGCUGAAUCGUGUGUAUCGUGUCUUAUCGCAUCACAACUCAGUUUUUAGGCUUCUUCAGCUGAUCCAUUUCAUGGCAUCCUUUCCUCACAAUCUUCGCACAACCGGAACGGGAAAAUUCCCCCAGUGGGUGCCUCCGCUCAAGAGGAUGCAAGCACUUCUGACGGGCUGGGACGUUCGCUUCCAACAAAACGCCUGCGAACUGAUUCCGAAGAGCAUCUGA